AUGGCAACAAAAGAAAUUACAACGAUGAAUAAUGGCAUAGAAGAACAACUAAGUAAAUCACGUACAACUUACCGUGAUCUUCAUCAUUUACCACAUCAAUCCAAUAUUUCACCAUUACACAAUAAAUUAGAUCAUAAAAUGCUUCCAAGCGAAGAUAGCGAUGAUGAUACUACAUUGCCGACAUUUGUCAAUCAAUUUUUCUUUCCUAAAAAUACAGUAAAAAUCUUUUCAUCGCCACCACCAGCUAAUGAUACAGGAAUGUUUCGUGCUAUACGUGGUCAAGUAGUAAUUCAUCAUGAUAAUGAACGCGCAUCGAAAGUUCAACGUGAAGAAAAUCGAAACAGUGAACAUCGUGACGACGAAGAAGACGAUGAAGAACUUGAAAAUCUUUCAAUAAAUCGUGUCAAUGGUGGAAAUUAUGAAUUACAUUAUGAUGUUGAUAAUCCACUUGAGAUUUCUUGUUCAAUGUCACUUUCAUCAGCCGAAACAAUAUCCGAUCAUUCAUCGUCGCCUAUACGUCAAAUAUUAUCAAAUAAUGUCAAUGGAAACAGCUCAAAUCUUCAACGCGAACAUACACCUGUUGAAAUAUCCGAAUGCAACAACGAUGAUGAAGACGAGGAGGAUGACAAUGACGAUGGAGAUGAUUGUGGGGAUGAUACACCCUCACCACUAUUGAGUGAUAUUGAACAUCAUGAACGCAGGAUCAGUGAUCACGAUAGUAUAAAAGAUCAAGAUGAAAAACUGCGAACAUUUCGUGGUUGGCAUUUAUCGAUGCUUAGGCAGAUCGAUGAAAAAUUACGCGAAAUUGAACUUGAAACAGUAACAAGUACAAAUAAAACAAUGCCGAAUCAGCAAAAUAAAAAAUCGUGUGUAAAAAUUUUAGCAAAUAAGAAAAAAGUUUUUCGUUCAAGUAUUCGCCGACGUUUUGAAACAACAAAUGAUAAACGUCAUCAUUCACCUAUAUCUCACGUUAAAAUCAAUAAAACUGGUUCAUCAACACCACCCGUUGAAGAAGAAUCACGUACACUUAUUAUUAAUUUGCCACCCUCGUCAUCAUCAUCAUCUUCUUCGGAUAACGAACAAGAUUUUCCACCUCCUCCAACUACAUCCGAACCAAUACAUAUUCGUAUUGUUCAAAGUCCUGUUCAUCCAACACGUCAACGUGCACAAAGUACUGAACCACUAAUUGUACGUGAUCAAGGUGCACAAACUGAACCAUUGCAUGAAUCAAAUAAUAAUAAUUUUAAUCGUCGACCUGUACGUCCUGCUAGUAUUGAAAGUGAUCGCAUACCACCGACACGUUCAUUAACACGUCUACAAGGUAAUCAAUUUCUUCAACAACAGCAGCAACAGCAGCAGCAGCAGCAGCAGCAGCAACACGUUCAACGUCCCACAGAACAAAUUAGAUACUAUAGUUUACGUAGUCGAAAUAUACAACCAAGACCAAGUCUUGUGAUGCAAGCACCAUCAUCAAUGUCUCACGUACCAAAAACAGCAUCGCCUUUUGUUUAUAAACAGCCAACGCCUAUUGAAAGAAAACUUCAACCAGUACCUCCUCCUCCAGCACCACCACAGCCACAAUCACCAUCUUCAAAUUUUCGCCCGAUUACAUCUCCUGAUCCAUCUGUCUAUUCAGAUGAUUAUGGACAUGUGACACAAAUGAAUACAAAAAAUUUAGGAAAUCUAGUUGAUAAAGUCUUCGAUGAUAUUUAUCAAGAUAGACCAACAGAUUUUUAUCGCGAUUAUCAGCAACUAUUAAAUGACAUUCAAAUUCGAUUUAGUAUGGUAUCCUCAACCGAACAGCCAUCUAUUAUUCAUCAUCCUGGACAUGCUGCUCCUCCUCCUCCUCCUCCACCUCCACCUCUACCACAUAGUAUUCAUCGUUCAUUACCAUCACAACCAAUGCUUGUUGAUUAUUCUCGAAUAUCACAAAAUCCAUCAUCGCCACAAGCACGUCGUUGUGACACAUUGAUUUAUAUUCCUAAUACUCUUUGA